AUGCGCUGGCAGUGCGGCGCCCUUUUUGCACUACUAUGCAUUGGCCGGAUCAUUGCUGGAGAUGACUACUACGAGAUCCUCGGAGUGCAGAAAGAUGCUGAUGACCGCACGAUAAGGAAAGCCUUCAAGAAAUUAGCCAUUCAAAAACAUCCCGAUAAAAAUAAGGAUAACCCCGAGGCGCACGCGGAAUUCUUGAAGAUCAAUCGAGCGUAUGAGGUGUUGAAAGAUGAGGAAAUGAGAAAGAAGUUCGAUCAAUACGGCGAGGCUGGUCUGGCCGACGACUUCAAUCCUAAUCAGAACUUUCAGAGCUGGCAAUUUUAUCGUGACAACUUUGGCAUUUAUGACGAGGACACCGAGAUCACGACGUUGAAUCGAGUGGAGUUCACGCAAAUGGUUUCAGGCACUGGCGAAAUUUGGUUCAUCAAUUUCUACUCGACUUACUGUGGGCAUUGUCAUCAAUUGGCGCCAACGUGGCGUAAAUUUGCGGCUGCAAUGGACGGCGUGAUUCGUGUGGGAGCGGUGAACUGUGCCGAGGAUCCGGGAUUAUGCCAGAGCCAGAACGUCUUCGGUUACCCGAGUCUCGUUUGGUAUCCUGAUGGAACUCCCUACCAAGGUCCACGUGAUCUCGAGCUACUCAUCGACUUUGUGAUGAGCCGUUUGCCAAAUCAAGUUGUCGAGCUGACGUCGAAUAACUACUUGGUCUUCGCCCAGCAAACGCCCGAAACAGCGAACAAACCGUGGAUCAUCGAUUUCUGUGAUGAUUCGGAUCGAUGCUUGUCACAGAUCAAUCGACGAAAACUCGGGUCGAUGUUGUUCGGUUUGGUGAACGUGGGAACGAUCAGCUGCUAUCACGGAUCGGCGAAAGAUGAUCUUUGCGAGCUUUUUGAUCGGACUGAUGGAGUGCUUUGGUUUGAGAAAGGACGCAUCGAGCCUGGAACAGAACAAGUCCUCGACUCCCUCGAUCCGAAAGAACUCUCAUCGAUCGCGCUCCAAAAGCUUGAUAGUCUCCCUGAAAUGGAUGAAGAUGACGUGAAAUCGCUCUUUGAUCAACACAUUGGUGCUAUGACGGAUACAGUUGUUUGGUUUGUGAAAGAUCAGACGACCGUCGAAGAGAAAAAGGAUAUGGUCCGUUUACAGACCUAUUUCCCAAAAUACAAAAUCGGAUUCUUCGACUGCUCCCGAAACACUCUGUGUGCUGAACAACUCGAUGUGGCGAAAUUGCCGACAACUGUCCUAUUCAAAGCAAAUGGCGGAUAUGAGAUCAAUUAUGCUACGUCAAAGAACAGCUGGAGAGAUCAAAUGGUUUUCAUCAGAGAGGCUUCAAAGACGCCGAUGAAAGUACUAACCCCGGAGAUGCACGAUGACGCAGUUGAAAGUGGCGAUCUUUGGCUUGUCGACUAUUUUGCGCCGUGGUGCCCGCCUUGUAUGCGAUUGAUGUCCGAGCUGCGACAAGUGCACUCCCAACUCGACGAGGACUCACAGAAGUUGAACAUUGGAACAAUCGAUUGCACAAGACAUUUAGCUGUCUGUCAGAAAGCCGGUGUUACGAGUUACCCGCACAAGAAACUCUAUUACAAGGGGAAAACGUAUUCGUCAGUUGGCUACAGCUCUGCACCCGAGAUCAUCGAUUUUAUGGAGGAUGCGUUGAACCCAUCGGUAGCCGAGUUAACCCCAGAGAAGUUUGCUGUUGAAAUAGCCGAUAAAGCUGCGGAAAUCACUUGGGUUGUCGACUUUUUCGCGCCAUGGUGUGGACCUUGUCAGCAGCUUGCUCCAGAGUUUCAACGUGCUGGUCGACUUCUUCGCGAUCACGACUCGCAAAACGUUAAAUAUGGCUCGGUGGAUUGUCAGGCGCAUCGUGCAUUCUGUGAUGAGCAACGAAUUGGCGGCUAUCCGACGAUUCGUUUGUAUACAGCUGAAAGCGUUCAACAGAAACGAAGUGUUGGUAGAAUAAUUGAUUACCCGGGAAACAUGUGGCGAAACGCUGAUUCGAUCUCACAAUGGACGAUGGGUUAUCUCCCGUCGGUGGUCACCCAAAUGGGCAACGAGUUUUAUGCAGAGGUUCUGGAUGCCACAACUCCGUAUCUUGUUGAUUUUUAUGCUCCAUGGUGUGGCCCUUGUAUGCGUUUCGCUCCAAUAUUCGAUCAGAUUGCUAAGGCUCUAGAAGGUCGUGUCCAAUUGGCGAAAGUUGACUGUGAUCAAUGGCCAGGUGUUUGUCAAGGAGCCGGGAUUCGAGCUUACCCAUCGCUUCGGCUAUAUCGUGGCGCUCAAAAUGGUCGCCGACAAGACCUUUGGGGAAUCGAUAUUCAAUCACAAGUGAAGGAUCACAUUAUACAGGUUGUGCAAAACUACAUCGGCAUCAUCAUUUUUGUCAUACAAAAUUUUCUUCUCAUUCCUAUGUGCCUUUUCCCAUUCAGCAAUACUCAAGCCCCAAAAAUUAUCUCAAAACAUCCAAACCCUCUGAUGGCUCCAAAACGAUUGCAAUGGUUACUACAAGAGCUCAAAGAUUUCGAAAAACCAAAAAUCCAACUUGAGCAAUACGCGACUUCGGCCGAGUUGGCAGUUUUAGUGUGCCUUGUCGAAUGCGUCUCGUCGACGGCGAACGGUUUGGAAGGGAAAUCAGUGCUCGAUCUGGGUUGCGGCUGCGGGAUGUUAAUGGUGGCGAUGGCGGCGAGUUGCAGCUCUACGUAUUGUUUAGGAGUUGAUAUCGACGAUGAUGCCCUUCGAAUAUGUCGAGAAAAUUUGGAGACGAGUGAACUUUCGGGAAGAUGUGAGCUCAUCCAAGCCGAUGUCACGAAAUUACCUCAACUCUUCGGCAAGGAAAAAUUCGACAUUGUGAUAACAAAUCCACCAUUUGGCACGAAGAACAAUGCUGGUCUUGAUAUGCAAUUUCUUCAAAUCGGACUUUCUUUGUUGAGACCCGGUGGUCACAUUUUCUCUCUACACAAGACGAGCACGAGGAGAUUCGUGUUGAAGAAAGCAAAGGAGUUUAACGAUGUUCAAGAGGUCGAAUGUCUCGCCGAAAUGCUCUGGGAAUUGCCGGCCACCUACAAAUUUCACAAAAAGAAAUCUGUUGAUAUUCAGGUCGAUGUGAUACAUUGUUUGAAAAAG